GGCCCAUCUGAGUAUAUUGUAGAAUUUAGCAAAAAAUGUGUAGUUUUGGGGGCUUGAACUCACAACCUAGUGCAUAAGAGGCUUAAACGCAUCCAUCUAACCAGUGCAACUGAAGUUUUAUUGUGUUAUAUGUUGAAUUCUUAUACUUAAUAUAUGUAAACUAUUAUUUUUAAAAUAAAAAAUGUAAUCGUGUCGUGCCCGUGCCAGCACUACGGGUCGAGAUAGUGGCCCAGGCACGACACUAUAGCCGCGCCGUGCCAGGCACUGACACUAUACUAACCGGACCGGGUCGUGCCUGGACCGUGCUUUUUCGUGUCGUGCCUGGGUCGGCCCAUCGUGUUAGUGCCAAAUGGCCAUCUAUAGCACCUAGAGGGGGUGAAUAGGUGAUUCUGCAAAAAAAAACUCUAAACAACACAAACUUGGUUUAUAAUGAGUGUUAGUGGAAGCUAAAACUAAGUUGGUAUGAGUAGAGAUGGAGAGAGGAGAACCUUCACUUGAUUGCUCAUUUAAAUAUGUAUCAAACUUAGGAGCAAUAAUACAAGUGAUUAUGAGAACUCAAAAAGACGACAGUCACAAUAAAGCAAAUAGACAAAAGGGACAUCGAUUUUACUCGUGGUUCGGCUAAUGACUACUCCACAUUGUAAUGACAUCCUUUGGGUCAAGGGUUGCACUCAAUAUGUGAUCCAAAGAUUAAACCUAAGUGCUAUAUUUUUUUCCUCAUAUCAAAUUCCGUUUGUGAUAAAUCUUUAUAAGUUAGAGUCUCCCACAUCUUACAUAAAUAAUCUUAAUAAAAAACGGAGUAAAAAAACACAAGAACAUAACCGCAGCAAUAACAAUAUACACAAAGACGGGAGAGAGAAGAGAGAUGGCGGAAGCGACGCCGUACGAGGAGCAGCGGCGGAGGCAGGUGGAGGCGAACAAACGGAAGCUGGAGGAGCUGCAGCUCCACCACCUCUCUGCUGCCAUCAGAGAGGCCGCCGCCGCCGCCAAGCCCUCGCUGGUCAAGAAGCGGAAGGCGCGGGUGCCUCUCGACGUCGCCGACGCCGUGAUGGAGCCAGUACGGCGGUCCGGCCGGCUCGCCAACCUCCCGGAUAAGCCCGUGUACCGCGAGAAGGUUCCCGAUUUUGGGAUGAAGAUUAGGAGGACGUACGGAUCGGUGAGAAGAGAUCUGACCAACCGGGUGUACGCGACCGACGAUGCGAGGAGCUACGCCAUCUCUAAGGCGGAGGAUCUGGAGCAAGAGCUGGACUCCAGCUUCCCCAUCUUCAUCAAGCCCAUGACCCAGUCCCAUGUCACCGGGGGCUUCUGGCUGGGCCUUCCGAUUCAUUUCUGCCGGAAGUAUCUGCCCAAGCGUGACGAGAUGAUCACCCUGGUGGAUGAGGAUGAUGACGAGUCCGACACGCUGUACCUCGCAAUGAAGCGGGGGCUCAGUGCUGGAUGGAGAGGGUUUGCCGUCCAGCAGAAGCUGGUGGAUGGAGAUUGCCUGGUCUUCCAGCUGAUUGAGCAAACAAAGUUCAAGGUCUACAUAACUAGAGCAAGUUCCUACUACGAAAGCGAGGACUGAUGAAACUAGUAGCUUGUAAUCUGGUGAUUGGAGCUCAGUGAACAUUACACAAUUUUCAGAAUGGCUGCCAUGAUGUUAACCGGUUUCCUUCUUCAUCCACUCAGUUAUGGAGGUGGCUGCGUUGGACAAGCUUGCAUCUGGGAAUCGCUGGGGUGUCUUGAAACUUUUUGGUGGCAGAAAGUUAGCUGAUGUAUGAAACCCAGUAUCUCCUACCAAUUGUUGCUGAUUUGUGUACUUCUUGGGCUUACCACUUGCACGGUUCAGAAACCUGCACUAUGUAAGGGGGUUGUUGGUGGCAGCUAACCUCGUUUUGUAAAUGAUUGGUGCCCGUCCAUGUUUCUCUUAGCGUUCAAUCUGGCCUGUUAGUUCAAUUUUUAA